GGGGGGAGGAAGGAAUCCUGCAGAAACUGUACGGGGGCGAGAGGUGAUGGAAAAACCAGUACCGCAGGAAAAUAUUCCUCAGAUCGGGAAUGAAGGCAGCCCUAACGUUUUCCUAAAUGCAGCCUGCACCAUAGCGACUUAACUAAAUCGGAAGAUUGUCCGAAUCAAAUCGUUUUGGGGCAGCAUCUGUAGGCUGCACGAAAUACCUGAAUUGCGCAACGUGAAGCUCAAUUGUUCAACAAAAUCGAGCACAACAUGCUUUAAAGGACUCUUCCUUGGCGAAAUGCAAUAGAAUUAAUAGGCGUUAUGGAUAACGUAGACCAAUAAAAUCAGAGUAAAUAUUACACCUCCGCAUUCGGCAGGAGACAGGGAGCAAUACCUGAGUGUUGAACAUAUACUUUACCCAACACUACACAUCAAUGCAAACUGGGGACCAAACACUUUUGGAAGAAACUGAGAGCCACGCCUCCGAGAGACACAGCGCUCCCGAACCGGGAGCUGGACCCGUGGGACGGACGUCACUUGGAAAUGGGCGGACAAGGGCGGAAUUGAAAAGAUGUGAACUUCUGACUGCACUUGCACGAUGCCCCUGUCCGAUGGAAGUCAAGGGAGACAGAUACCAGCGCUUGCCAUCGUGAUCUAUCUGCUUCUACUGAUCCGGACCAAAGAGAUGAACGCUUCAGGCAUCUUUUCAGAUUACUUAUCUAAAGUUUUACGUAGCCAUACAGAGCAAGCUUGUGAUGGCAGCCGCCUAAAGCUACGCUGUCCUCGAGAUACAACAAUAAGUAUACAGUCAGCAUUUUAUGGACGCAAGGUGCCAAGUUCCCUUUUGUGUCCAAGCUUAAAUCCUGGAAACACUGUAGAAGAAAAUUUAAACUGCACAGCACCAACCACUUUACAGAAAAUACUGGAUGAAUGCCAGGACCAACAAUCUUGCCAGCUCCCAGUCAAUAGAAAAGUUUUUGGACUUGACCCUUGUCCAGGCACCAGCAAAUACCUCCUUGUCUCCUAUAAAUGCAAGCCCAAGGAAUACAAAAGCAAAUUAGCCUGUGAGGGCAAGGAACUUAAAAUUCGUUGUAAAAACUCAGCAUUGAUUAAUAUCUAUUCAGCAACAUAUGGCAGAAUGUCAAAUGGAAAUAAGGCUUGCCCUUCAAACCUUAAGCUGCCUGGUAUUGAAUGUUUGUCACACACUGCCUUGGAAGUCGUAGCAACAAGCUGUUAUGGUAAACAAAACUGUAAAAUUGUUGUCAGCAGCCACUAUUUUGGAGACCCUUGUUUACCUGGAAUGCAGAAGUAUCUCAGUGUCAUCUAUAUAUGUGUUUCCAAAAUGUUGCUACAGGAAGCUGAUCCAGGUUUCUCUGCUCUUACCCCUUCAUGGGUUUAUAAUAAAAAUGCCAAUAGGUCCUUGGGCCCUCAAGAAUCCAGAUUUUCAAUGAAAGAAGGAAAAAUUGUGAUCAGCACCCUCAUUAUAUUUGCUUAUGUUAAAAGUAACCCAGAAAUGGUUGGUUUGUUGUUUGUAUCCAGUGUAUGCAUUGGGUUAAUCUUCACACUGUGUGCAAUAGUGAUUCAAGUAUCCUGCAGAGUAGACCUGCAAAAAACCUACCACAGGAGAGUGGACUUAUCAGAAACGUACCACAGGAAAAUGGAUUGUUGUCAGGACAAUUGUGAUAUUGAAGGCAACAACAAUUGUGAUGAAGUUGAAAGUACCGAUGAUGAUGAUGAAGAAGAGAGUUCCUCAGACUUUACUUUUGAAGGAUUAACAAAAUUUUAUGAGACUCCGGAAUCCAACAGUGCAGAAGCAGCAGAAAUAGCUGAAAGGAUAGAACGUCGAGACAGGAUCAUACAAGAAAUCUGGAUGAAUGGAGGUUCAGAAGUGCCUGUCAUAAGGGACCUUAAUCAGUAUUACUGAUAACUAAGGAAAUCAAAGUCAUCAGUGUGAAUGUAUUGGCAAUUUGCUAUGAUAGACAUAUUUCAACAUAGCCUUUAUUAUAAUGAUAAAGUUAUUUUUAUUUUAUCUCUAUAGAUCUCUCCUUAGCUACAAGUUCCUUCUAUGAAGGAAAUUGACAUAAAAAGCAUCAAGUGAAUUCAAAAAUGGAUAUUUUUUAAACAAGGUGAAAUCUUUUGGCCAGACCUCAGCUUCAGGGACACCACUGUGAACAAUUUAUGAAUUCACCUAGUUUAUGGUAAAUUUAAAAUUUUCAGAACACUGUACACUGGAUCAGACUAGUCAUUCAUCAUAAUCAUUCUGAAACUGAGAUGUAUUCUGUCGUUGACCAUAUUAAGAAUCUUUAGGCUUAUGGUUGUACAUUUCACUCAUAGUCUGAAUAAAAAGAGCAUAAAGCUAAAGGACUAGAGAAUGGUUUCAAUGUACCAUGGAUGUAAUACUCCUGCUAAAAAUAUUGUUAUGGCCAUAAAACCUACCAUUGAAAAUUUUUGAAUAUACAGUAUCUAAUUGCAUAUAAAAGCAGCAGUGUAAAUAUUUAUUCUUCCAGAGUAGCCCUAUUAUGCAGAAGUACCACUUUUCACUAGCUGAUUUGAUGAUAGCACCUGCUGACAUUUAAAUAUCAGUAUUUUGCAUUAUUGCUUUACUCUUUUACACAGUAAUGAUGCUAAAGAUGGUUUUAAAAUGCUUUUGAUGUGGUGGAGGCCAGAUCAUUAGAUAUACUUAAGGUGGAGAUGGACAAAUAUUUAAAGGAUUGAGGAAUUGAAUGUUAUGGGGAAGUGGCACUGAAGAGGAGUUGAGGCCAGCAUACAUCAUCCAUGAGGAGACACAUGAGACUGCAGAUGUUGGAAUCUGGAGCAACAUACAAAAUGCUGGAGGAACUCAGCAGAUCAGGCAGUCGAUGUUUCGGGUUGAGACCCUUCAUCUGGACAGAAAAAUAGAGGGGAGAUAGCCACUGUCCCCUCCCCCAUCUGCCUAUCACCAUUCUCUCCCCCCACCCCUCCCCUGAAUCCAUCUGUUGCCUGCCAGCUCUUGCUCCACCCCUUCCCUCCACCUUUUUUCUAUUGGCUAUCUCUCCCCUCUAUCUUUCAGUCCAGAUGACGGGUCUCGACCUGAAACAUCGACUGUCCAUUACCCUCUAUAGAUGCUACCUGACCCGCUGAGUUCCUCCGGCAUUUUGUUUGUUAGAUCAGUCAUGAUCUUUUUGAUUGACAGGGCAGGUUUAAAGAGUCUGCUGGCCUACUUCUGCUCCUAUUUUCUUGUGUUCUUGUCCUUAUUUCAAAACAUGUCUUUCAAUUUAAGAAAAGAUGAAUCCAACAGUUUAAUCUACCAAAUGGUACUUAGAAAUAUCUGCCCAGCAUUUUUUGCUGUAUCACCAGUACGAAUAUCACAAAUGAAGAAUUAAGAUUAUGAAGUCAGCAGACAGCCUCACCUGUUUUGAUCUUAUAUUUCCGAAUACUGUCUCCUGUUACUGGAAGACAUCAGUUGAACUGUGUAAAUUGAGUUUUACCCCAUUCAACCCAAGCAGGAAACUGGAAAAUGAUGCAGCCACCAAUAUUUUCUAUGGUAUUCAUUGAAGAUCAUUUCAGGAAUUACAUUUAUAUCCAACAAUUAAUUGUCAUUGAGAAGCAUUGGUACAAUCUGUAAAAAGAGCAAUGGAAGACUAAAUAAAAUCACACAUAACCACAGCCACUGAAGAUCCAGAAGGUCUCUAAUAUUAAAUUAAGUUUUCAAAAAGUGUUAAAAUAAUUUUUCAUUAUUUAAUAAUGUCCAUUAUUCAAGAAGGUAAAUAGGGAUACUCCUGGUAGCUAUAGACCAGUGAGUUUCACAUCAGUGAUAGGGAAGUUGCUGGUGAGGAUUCUUAGGGAGAGGAUUUAUGAGCAUGUGGAAAAUCAGAGCCUAAUUAGGGCAGUCAGCAUGGCUUUGUGCAGGGCAAGUCAUGUCUUACUAACUUGAUUGGGUUUUUUGAGGAGGUGAUGAAGAUGAUUGAUGAAGGUAGAGCAGUGGAUGUUGUCUACAUGGAUUCUAGUGAGGCGUUCGACAAGGUCGCUCAUGGGAGGCUCAUCCAGAAAAUUAAGAUGCAUGGGAUCCACAGUGAAUUGGCCAUUGGGAUUCAGAAUUGGCUUGCCCAUAGAAGACAGAGGGUAGUGGUCAAUGGGACUUACUCAGGCUGAAGGUCUGUGACUAGUGGUGUUCCACAGGGAUCUGUACUGGGACCUCUGCUGUUUGUCAUAAACGUAGAUGGGUGGGUUAGUAAGUUUGCAAAUGAUACAAAGAUUGGUGGUGGUGUGGAUAGCAUAGGAGACUGGCAAAGGAUACAGCGGGAAAUAGAUCAGUAGCAGAUAUGGGUGGAGAAAUAGCAGAUGGAGUUUAUCCCAGCCAAAUGUGAAGUGUGGCACUUUGGGAGAUCAAAUGUAAAGAGACAGUACACUGUUAAUGGCGAAAACCUUAACAGCGUUGAUGUGCAGAGGGAUCUUGGGGUCAAAGUCUAAAGCUCCCUGUAAGUGGCUACACAGGUUGAUAGGGUGGUAAAGAAGGCAUAUGGCACCCUUGCCUUUAUUAGUCGAGCAAUUGAGUUCAACAGUCAGGAAGUUGUGUUGCAGCUUUAUAAAAGUCUAGUUAGGUCACCCCUGGAGUCUUGCAUUCAAUUCUAGUCGCCCCAUUACAUGAAGGACAUGGAGGCUUUGGAAGGGGUGCAGAAGAGGUUUACCAGGAUGCUGCCUGGAUUAGAGGGUAUGUUCUAUAAGGAGAGGUUGGACAAACUUGGCUUGUUUUCUCUGGAACAGCAGAGGCUGAGGGGAGAUCUGAUAGAGGUUUAAAAGAUUAUGAGAGGCAUAGUUAGACAGCCAGUAUCUUUUUCCCAGGGUUGAAAUGUCUAAUACCAGAAGGCAUGCAUUUAAGGUGAGAGGGGGUAAGUUUAAGGGAGAUGUGCGGGGCAGGUUUCUUUUACACAGAGAGUGGUGGGUGUCUGGAAUGUGCUGCCUGGGGUGGUGGUGGAGGCAAAUAUGAUAAGGGCAUUCAAGAGUCUCUUAGAUAGGCACAUGAAUGUGUGGGAAAUGGAGGGAUAUGGACAUUGUGUAGGCAGAAGGGAUUAGUUUAUUUGGGCAUUUGAUUACUAAUUUAAUUAGUUUGGCACAACAUUGUGGGCUGAAGGGCCUGUUCCUGUGCUGUACUGUUCUAUGUUCUAUAAUUUGAUCAAAUUAUGGAAUGUCCCUCAGGCGUGAGAGCUUCUGUGACUCAAAUCAGUAUUGCAUUGUUUUACCAUGUCCUCUUUUGUUACUUCAUGAGUUAUAGACUUAGCUAUUAUUUUCAAUUUUUAUGA